AUGAAUUCCAUGGAGGAACACGACGUUGGCAUCUCCUGCUACAUUUCCAACCUCCCCGGCUUCCGCGGAGUUUUAAAGCAAAGGUAUUCUGAUUUUAUUGUGCAUGAAGUGGACACUGACGGAAAGGUUGUUGAGCUGUCUUCACUUGAAGCCAUUGCAGAGGAAUCUAAGGUCUCUGCUGUGGAAUCCAAGAGUGUUGAGGAAAAUAAAACAGAUACAUCUGAAACUGAAGUUAUAAGUUAUGCCUCUCAAAUUGAAGCUUUUAAGUCUCUUGCUGGGGAUUCUGAUGCUUCCUGUUUGGAGGAAUUUAUUAAUCAAAUUAAUGCUGGCGGCGAAGAGAGUCUCUCUCCUAUUGUUCUUUCUGCAGAUUCUGAUAAAUCACAUCGGACGGCAGUGCAUGUUUUCUUUAGGGAAAACUUAAAGUUCCUGGUUACCGACACAGUUGAUGGACCCGAUGCUUCCUCAAAAUGCAUCCGUGUGAGAUUGAAUUCUGGUAAAUCGAACAACAGAGACAAAAACUCUAGGAAGCGGAAAGAACGAGAUAGUAAGCCUUAUGACAGCAGAGGUUCUGAAAAUUGGCCAGAUGCCGGCAAGUUCCUUAGGUUUCAUCUUUAUAAGGAGAACAAAGAUACCCAGGAAGCUUUGGGGGUGCUUGGACAUAUGCUUGGCAUCAGGUCGAAAUCAUUUGGAUUUGCGGGUACAAAGGAUAAGCGUGCUGUCACGACCCAGAGGGUUACUGUUUAUAAGCAGCAAGCAAGCAAGCUAGCUUCCCUUAAUGGGAAGUUGUUUGGUAUUAAAGUGGGUGAUUUCUGUUACGUUAAUGAAGGAUUAUGUCUUGGCCAGCUACUGGGAAACAGAUUUACAAUCACAUUACGAGGAGUUGUUGCAGAUUCUGUAGAUACCAUAAAAGCUGCUGCAGAUUCUUUAGGACGGCAUGGCUUUAUUAACUACUUUGGUUUACAACGUUUUGGAAGUGGUUCUGUGCCUACUCACCUUAUUGGAGCCGCAUUGUUCCGGGGGGAAUGGAAGCCCAAGGCACGCAAGUACUAUAAAGAUACUAAUGACAUUGCUGGGACACUUAAGCAGUUGCCCCAAUUCUUAGUUGCUGAAAGAGCUUUGCUUAAAUGUUUAAAACAAUUUCCUGGGAGUUACUUGCAGGCUUUGAAAUCUAUUCCACGAACUUUAAGGAUGAUGUAUGUGCAUAGUUAUCAAAGCUAUUUGUGGAACAAUGCAGCAAGUACAAGGGUGCAAAAAUAUGGAACUGAACAAGUAGUAUUAGGAGACUUGGUAUACUGUAAAGAAAAUGCUUCUGAAAAAGUUGCAGAGAUUGUUGGACUUGACUCUGGUGAUGACUGCGGUGAUAGUUAUGACACUAAUAAUGAAGAUGAAGUCUCUGGAGAUAUUCACGACAACAGAAAUAGUAUUGUAAAGGUUGUGAAUGCUGAAGAUCUAAAUUCAAAAUGUUAUACAAUUGAUGAUGUCGUCCUUCCUAUGCCAGGUUCACGGUCAAUUUAUCCAACCAACGAUAUAGUCAAAGUGUAUAAUGAUUUGACAAAUAAAGAUGGAGUCAGUUUAACUGAGAGCGUGCAUAAUGCAAAGGAAUUCUCGAUUACUAGUGUUACUGGAAGUUACAGGAAGGUUUUUCAGAAACCAAUUAACUUUGAUUGGGAAUUGCUUACAUAUACUGAUAGUCAUAAGCCAUUGGUAGAGACAGAUUUAGAUAAAAUUGGGAAGUCUCAACCUAUAAAUGUCAAUCCAGCAAGGAAGUAA